CCUUCUGCCCUAGCUGGGUUGUACGUGUUAGGCCGGAGGUGAGGAGCGGCUGUCGCUGGGGCCCGGCUUCUUCUUCUGACGGAGUUUUCUUCUCCCCGGGACUGGAGUACUCCACUUCCACGAGAGGCGGUAGCUAUGUCAAUGGGAGAAGCCAUCCUGUCAACUCAGUUGUCUACACGGGAUUAGGUGGAACAUUUUUCAAAUUGUAGUCCAUGAACUGCACAAGCUACCCUUAACUCAAGAUGCAUCCAGACUUGUCUCCUCACCUGCACAGUGAAGAAUGUAACCUAGUUAUCAAUCUGCUCAAAGAGUGUCACAAAGAGCACACCUUUUUGAGAUUUUUUGGCCACUGCAAUGACCUUGACCGUGAGAUGCGGAAAUGCUUAAAGAAGGAGUAUCAAGAAAACCGAGCCAAGAGCCGGGCACAUGCUGAAGAGAUGCGUCAGAGGCUCACUAAUGCUUCAAAACACUCUGAGAGCUGAGCUAUGUUGCAGCUGGACAGCUAUACAUCAUAUGGACAUUUGGCUGAAAGCUGAAGGAAGGAUCUCUUGUUUUGUCUUCUGUACACUUGGAUAUAAAAUGCUAUUUACUCAACUGCUAAUAUUUGUAAUAAAAAUUUCUGAAGUUUACACUUA